GUCGCGGCGCCAAUGUCAGUACAUGACGCUGUAACGGUACCGUCGGUUCACAAGAUAUUUGUAAUAAUGUGAUGACUGGAAAUCAGAAGAAAUACGUCUAUCUUCCAGAUGUGUAUUCUAAACACCGUUUAUCAUUAUGUGUGCAAGAAUUAAGCAAAUUAUGUUCAGCGAUUCCAGCUGCACUUGUUUUGCUGAUUAUAAGUUGGUCAUAUUAUGUGGUUACUUUUGUUGUAAUCCAAGAUUUAAUCACUAGUACAUUUUUAUUGUAGCAUUUUUCUUCGCUCCAUAUCACGUUUUGUUCAUUCUAUUUCUUUGGUCAUUUUGGAAGUCAACAUAUACCCAGAUAACUACAAUACCGAAAAAUUUUUAUCUUACUGCUAAUGAAACAAAAUAUUUUAUAGAGCUGGAAAAUGAUCACGAUCGGUCGGAGUUUAUAAAUAAUUUAUCCGUUACAAAACAGUUACCUGUACUUACUAUUGGGAAAAGAUUCAAUGCCCAAUUCUGUGAUAUAUGUUUUCUUUUAAAGCCAGAUCGUACACAUCAUUGUUCAAGUUGUAUGAGAUGUGUUCCAAAAAUGGAUCAUCAUUGCCCUUGGAUAAAUAACUGUGUUGGUUACCAUAAUUAUAAAUAUUUCAUGUUACUUAUAUUCUACGGUUUUCUGUAUUGUGUAUUAUGUUUUCUAUUUGCCUUAUCCUAUUUACUAAAAUACAUAAAGAUUCGACCGACUAGUGUUGCUAAUAAUCGACCAUGGGGUUUGUUUUGUGCAUUUACUCUGUCGCUUUUAUCGGCUGUGUUUGCACUGGCACUGUUAAUCCUGCUUUUAUUUCAUACGUAUUUAAUAUUUAAAAAUAAGUCUACUCUAGAAUAUUUUCGGCCACCGAAUUUUCGUGGUAACAGUCAUCGUAUAUACGGUUUUAAUCUUGGGUGGAAGAAUAACUUUCUUCAAAUAUUUGGUAGUGACGUCAAACAUUGGCUGUUGCCUGUAUUUUCUAGCCAAGGAGAUGGUGUCUCUUUCCGAAUCCGAGAAAUUCCAGCUCAUGAAGACUACUCCCUGUUGUUGUCGACUAUUUAGUAUUGACGAAUGAAACCUAUGUUUGUCACUUACAUAUGUUCAUACAAUUCUAGCUGAAUUCGUGAUAAUUAUUUUAAGACAAACUUUCGUUUAUGUCAUGUCAACCAGUUUUUCAAAUAAAUUUAAUAGCUUAUCUAUACCCUGUUUUUCAUUCGUAAACUUAUUUCUCGGAACCCGUGAGUCUUUUUCAUUUUUUAGGGAAAGUAUGUUUAAUUUUUUUCCCUUAUAUCUCGUCAUUAUUAUAUUUACACGAACAUGUGGCGCAAUAGCCUAUUACAAUACGUCAUACCUACUAACGUCUAUACAUAAACUAAUUUCGAAUAUCUUGUCACUGCAAAUAAAAUGUAAAUGGCGUCAUACAGCACCCUUCCCCCUCCUGAUUGGCAGCGACACCAAAUGUAAUAAACGAAAACACAAGUGGAGACUAUUGAAUGUAUUUGGACGCAAAAUUACAGAACGUCGUAGUAAAAUCUGAGAACCAUACAGUGAAUACUUCGAUUGCAAAAUGUCAAUCAGUUGUCUCAGACUUCAUUGUUCCUUCGUUUCUGUACCAAUCAUUUUUGUCCUCGCUGUCUUCGAUCUUCUUAACUUUCUGCCGCCCGGCACUUCACUUUUGAAUGGUGAUACAUACUACUUAUACCUGUCGAUAUCAGUAGCAUGCCACACAACUACCUAAUAUUCUUGAGCACUGCACUCAACUGGUUCCCGAAUCGAAGGUACCUGGAGAACACGCAAAUAUAUCCCAAAUCAGACGGCAAAUUGAAUUAAUGCACUGAGGAAAUGUCAGUGUGUAGAUAAAUUUCACACCGGAAAAUAAAAGUUUUUUUUCGGUACCUCCACUAGUGACGACUGAUCUGAAAUCGACUAAUCAGCCAGCAUUAACAUGGUUUUUUCUUAACUUAUCUUCAUCAGGUCGGUUUUUCUAAUUGAAAUAUAGUGAGACGUAACUUGAAUUACAGUUGGUUUUUAACGGACUUUUUCUAUUGAUUUGGUAAAUGUUUCCCACCUAGUCUUAUAAUAUAUAUUAGGAAUUUAAUAUGUUACAUUGAGACGUUUACAUUCUGUGGGUGGUUUUUUUUAACGCUGAAUGCAUUAAGAUCAACCAUCUAACCUCUUUAUUUAUUGAGCUAUGGAUUUUAGUAAGUCGAAUUUUCGUUCAUUAUUUUUAGGCAAUUAGCACGGAAUCCAUGGGUACUGUAGAUGAAGAUCCAUCAGAAAUCCAAUUACCGGAAAUUGUUGAUGAAUUGGAUUAUCAAUACAGAACUGCAAACUGGCUUAUCAAGACCAGAGAGCCAUUUUGCCUUGGAGAUGAUGUGAGAGGACAACUUAUGUCUCUCUUACGCAAACAAAGUGAACUUUCACGGACGUUGUUUAAAGAUAAAGGUGUUUUUAAAGUUCCGUUUAAUGAAUCUAUGCUAUUUAAAGAAGACGGAUACGGAGAGUAUGCUUUAGAUUGGUUUCCUCCAAGUGAUCAAUCAAUAAUCCCAACCAAUAUUGUUGUCUAUGUUCAUGGAGGGUAUUGGCAGUUGGUUGGUUGGGAAGAAUCCAGUAGUUGGGCAGUUCCUGUUACAAAUGCUGACAGUAUAUUCGUCUCUUUGUCUUACAGGUUAGCUCCAAAAGAAAAGUUGGAGGCGAUGCCACAAAGCCUAUGUCUCGGAAUGCAAAAAGUUAUAACUCUUACGCAUAAAAUGUUUGGUAACUUAGAUUAUACGAAGCUCCGCAUAACCCUAGUUGGACAUUCUGCCGGUGCACACUUAGUUCUGGAAAUGUUAUAUUGGGCUCAUAUGGAACUCAAAUCAAACAAUAAUUGGCUAUGCUGUUUGCAAAACCUUGUUUUAAUGUCAGGAGUUUAUGACCUACGUCCAAUUAUCCACACUUACGUAAAUAAAGCAAUAAAGUUCAAAACGGUUGGGGAGGCUUUGUCUGUCAGUCCGAUCCGACACUUCAUGCAAGACGGUCCAAAUCUACUGCUCAGUAAAUCACUUCAUUGGAUUGUUGCUUGGGCAGAGUACGAAUCACCAGCUAUGAAGGAACAAUCUAAAUCCCUAGCGGAGUUGUUGAGUAAUGCAUCAAGAAGUGGACAGGGUUCACAUUUGCAAUUUACCUAUGAAACGUUUUACAUGUCAAAUGAAGAUCAUUUUACUUCACUCCUCGGUCUGCAUGAUGGUCCAACUCACAGUGCCAUCCUCAAAAAAAUCAUAGACCUGAUUAAAGCCAAGCCUAUUUAG